AUGCCGACGUCUCUGGAGUCCUCGCGGCCCAUCCUAGCCAACUCCACCGGCAACCGCGCCUCCACAAGAAUGUCUACCUACAGCGCAACACCGACUCUCACACCCUCCAUCGCACCCUCGCACCUCUCAGCAGCCUCGUCGACCGCCGGUGACCCCAAAGCCCACGACAUCAAGUCAUGGAAUGCCGGCUUUGACCGUCUCGAGGACAAGCGUCUCGUCCAGCAAAGAUACGCGCUGAGCAAUGAGAAGACAGACGACAUGAGCAAGCUGGCACUGGGAGCGAAGCUGGACCGCGCACUUGGGCGACGCAUGUCAGGCCAGGACGCCGUCUUCAAGCCCAAGGCAUUCAACGAGAAGAAAGUUCAGGCAUGA